AUGAAUCAUCAGUCCGUAUGUAUCAAUGGAAAAAUAAUUCAAGUUUGUACUUAUUCGAUCAAUAAUGUUGUUUGUGUUCGAUUUCAAGAUAUUCUUCGAUUUGCUCCUAAUGCUACUGCUCUCUUUUUUGAUGAAAAAGAAUUAAAACAAGUACCAUUUUUGGCCGAUAGAAAUGGAAGAAAUCUUCCACCAUUACGCAUCAAGUUUUAUUCACAGCGAACACUCUAUUGUCAUAGUCCUACGUUGAUAAAUGAAGAUUUGACAAUAACAUUGAAUGAUAUUCGAGAAGUACAACAGCCAAUACUAAGAAAUAUCGAUAAAAUAAUUGAUAAUAUGGAAUUAAUUCGUCGUCAAAUGUAUGAAUUAGCUGAAUGUCGAAUUCCAUGUAUGUUCAUUAUCUUGCCUCUAAAAUUAAAAGGAACCGAUCGAUGGAAACCCUUUAAUUGGUUACGUAACAUAUUUUGUCUCUAUUUUUUAUGUGAAUAUGGUGACAAUCGGAUACAUUUUGCACUACACGACGGUUAUCGAAUCAAACAACCUAAAGCUUUCUUUAUGAAAUAUGGUCAACAUUUGAUUACUGUCAUUCGUAUUGUACAAAGUGCACUCGUAGCUGGAAGUUUUCUAAUUCCUGCUCUUGGUUAUAUCGGACAGAAUAUCGAAAUACCUGAAUUUCUUCAAGAUCGAGAAUUCUGGAGUACGUUAAAUGACAAUCUAAAGAUAGUAAGCGAGAAUUUGGAAACGACUAUAGGAAAAUCAUUCGAUGAUAUUAAUAUAGAUAAUGCCGAGAGAUACUAUCGAAAAGCAUCGUUUGGAGCUGAAAUGCGUGAAUUAGAACAAUAUAUUAAACGAGUUGAUAAUUGUCAAACAUUAGGUAAUCUAUAUCGAUAUGUUGACAUGAAUGGACAUGUAAGAUGGGUAUGUAAAUAUCAUUAUGAUAAUAAUCAAACACAACAUCAAACUAAAAUAUUUAUCGAACAUUUUCUUCAAUGGGGUGGAUUGUUCGAAGAACAGACAGCAAAUGCUGAAGUGAGAUUAUUAUUAGAAUCCAAAAACACUGAUACUUUGAUUAAAUUAUUGGAAUAUGGUCCGAUCAAUAUUGAUCGACUUCUAAUACAUAAAUGUAUAUUGAAUGAAAAGGAACUUGAACUGUUCAUCAAUAAAGUUAAACAUGCAUUCAUUAAACAACUCGAAUUCAUACAACUUAAUAUUGAAACACGUCUAGGACGAAAGAAACCAAGUGCAAUAAUACAAAUAUUAGAAAAUUUGAUUGAAAAAUCACGUUUAUUGACUUUGAUCUAUCAUCAUGUAGCUUGUCUUAAUGUAAAUAAUAUUUCUUUAAUGAUUCAAGCAAUUGAAACUGGAAAAAAUUCGAAUUUUAUUGUUCAUUUAUCAUUAAUUGAAAAUGAUCAUCAUAUAAUACUUACAGAACAUCGUUUAGAUAUUUCCAUAACAAAUCUUAAAGAAAAUAUUCUAAUAUCAAUUAUUGAAGCAUUAAAAAAAAAUAAAAAUAUACGAGAAUUAUUUUUCAUCAAUUGUAAAAUUGGUUUAAAUGGCAUUCAACAUCUUGCUAAUUAUAUUUGUUCAACUAAAACAAUUGAAUUUUUAGAUUUAACUAAUAAUAAUUUAACUGAUGAAUGCAUUACUAUACUUUAUAAUGCAUUAUAUAAAAACAAUGUAUUAAAAUAUUUAAUACUUAAACAAAAUCAUAUUGGCGAAAUUGGAGUAAAACUUCUAGGAUCACUUAAAUCACUCUUAACUUUAAAUCUUGAUCUAAAUAAAAUUGAUAAUAAUGGACUUAAAGCAUUUUCAGAUGAUUUUAUCAAUAAUUCAAAAUUACAAAAUUUAUCAUUGGCUAAAAAUCAAUUCAAUGAUCAUGGAAUAGUUGAAUUAUGUAGAAUUCUUGAAAAGAAUACAAAUAUAACUUAUCUCAAUCUAUCUGAUAAUAAUCUAACAGCCGAUGUCUGUAAUAGUAUUGCUAUACUUUUAAGAGAAAAUCAUACACUUACAACUCUUAAUCUAAGUUUGAAUUAUCUAGGUGAUCAAGGUUUACUUAUAUUAAUUUCAGCUUUUGAAUUCAAAGAUAUUUAUUUAACUGAAAUUAAUAUAAGUGAAAAUAAUCUUUCUGAUAUAAGUAUUAUUAAAUUAAUUGAUACACUUGAUAAUAAUAUAUUUUUAACACAUAUCACAUGUGGAAUGAAUAAAAUUGGUAUAAAAAGUAUUGAAGCAUUUCAACAUUUAUUUUUAAACAAUAAUAUUAUUACUCAUUUAUCACUUCGUUGUUGUCAAUCAUCUCUAUUUGAAUUUGAACAAUUAAUUAAAAUACUUGCAUUAAAUAAUAAUACAUUAACUCAUCUUGAUUUAGGUUUAAAUGAAUUAUCUGAUAAUUGUAUCUAUUGGCUUGGUUGUAUGCAAAAUUUACAUGGACUUGAUCUUACUAAUACUUAUAUUAAAGAAUAUCAAUUACAAUUAUUUAUUGAACAAUUAUUAAAAUAUUCAUCAAAAUUAAUUAAAUUUAAUUUAUCACAUAAUAGAUUAAUAAAUAUGAAAUUUAUAAUUGAUCUUAUUCAAAAAAUAAAUACAUUACGAAUAAUUGAUCUUAGUUCAAAUCGAUUUACUGAUUUUUAUAUUUCAUCUCUACUAGAAUAUUUAUAUGGAACAAAGAUUAUUACUUUACAAUACUUGAAUAUUCAUAAUAAUCGUUUUAGUCCAGAAGGUAUUCAACGCUUACGAGAAAAUAUCAUUUCAGUUGAAUUAAUUCUAUGA